AUGAUGUGCGAGGUGAUGCCCACGAUCAGUGAGGACACCCUCAGCCAGAGGGGCUCCCAGAGCAGCUCGGAGGACUCCAAUUUCGAGCAGUUGAUGGUCAACAUGCUGGAUGAGCGCGACCGGUUACUUGACACCCUCCGGGAGACCCAGGAGAGCUUAGUGCUAGCACAAGGCAAACUUCAGGAUGUCAUCUACGACAGGGACUCUCUGCAGCGCCAACUUAACUCCGCAUUACCCCAGGAAUUUGCUGCACUGACAAAAGAAUUAAACACUUGUAGAGAACAACUGCUGGAAAAAGAAGAGGAAAUUUCUGAACUUAAAGCUGAGAGGAACAAUACACGACUGUUAUUGGAACAUUUGGAAUGCCUUGUGUCAAGACAUGAACGAUCACUGAGAAUGACAGUGGUGAAACGGCAAGCUCAGUCCCCUUCAGGGGUUUCCAGCGAAGUUGAGGUUUUGAAGGCAUUAAAGUCACUUUUUGAGCAUCAUAAGGCUUUAGAUGAGAAGGUGAGGGAACGCCUACGAAUUGCUCUGGAGAGGGUUUCCACACUGGAAGAGGAAUUGGCAGCUGCUAACCAGGAGCCUCUUUCUAAUGGUUCUAUUGACACUAAUAAUAAAAUGAAUGAAGUUGUGGAACUACAAGAAUUACUGGACAAGCAGAAUUAUGAGAUGACACAAUUAAAAGAGCGACUAUCAACAUUGUCUGGUCAGUUAGCUGAAGUGGAACAAGAUCUAGAAACAGCCAGAAAAGACCUGAUUAAGUCAGAAGAAAUGAGUACUAAGUACCAGAGAGAUAUCAGAGAGGUAAUCGCACAGAAAGAGGAUAUGGAAGAAAGGAUAACCACUUUGGAAAAGCGGUACCUCAAUGUGCAGAGAGAAUCAACUUCAUUACAUGACAUAAAUGACAAACUUGAAAAUGAAUUGGCAAAUAAAGAUGCAUUCUUACACCAGCUCGAAGAUAAAAAUAGACAGUUGCAGGAACGUCUGGAGCAUGCUGAACAGAAGCUACAGCAAACAAUGAAGAGAGCAGAAACAUUACCAGAGGUAGAAGCUGAACUUGCCCAGAGAAUUGCAGCUCUGACAAAGGCUGAAGAGAGGCAUGGCAGUAUAGAAGAACGUUUGAGGCACUUAGAGACUCAGCUUGAAGAAAAGAAUCAGGAACUUCAGAGAGCCCAUCAAAGAGAGAAAAUGAAUGAAGAGCACAAUAAGAGACUGUCUGACACAGUGGACAGAUUGCUCACAGAGUCAAAUGAGCGACUUCAACUGCAUCUAAAAGAGCGAAUGGCAGCAUUAGAAGACAAGAACAUGUUGAUUCAAGAAUCUGAACUACUAAGGAAACAAUUAGAGGAGUCGCUUCAUGAUAAGGAACGAUUAGCAGAAGAAGUUGAAAAAUUUCAUUCUGAGGUUCAACAAAUGAAAAUGCAAUCUGUUGCUUUGUUGGAACCGUCCAUGUCCAGGCAACGUUUGGAUACUUCACCUGAUAUGCGAUAUUCCAUGGGCUCAUUGAUAGAUAGUCAGUCUGACCAUUAUAGGUCUUCCAAAGUGCGAAGAAGAUCGCAGAAGGGGCGUAUAGCAGGACACAGAGAAGAACCAAAGAUACAAACAAUUGGCGACAAAGAAUGGAGCAGAACUCAACAUAUUAGCAUGCUGAGCAGCCAACAAUUUGAGAGUGACACUGAAAUGUCAGACAUCGAUGACGAUGACAGAGAAACCAUAUUUAGUUCCAUGGAUCUGCUUUCACCUAGUGGGCACUCUGAUGCUCAGACUCUUGCGAUGAUGUUACAAGAACAACUUGAUGCUAUUAACAAUGAAAUAAGGUUAAUUCAGGAGGAAAAAGAAUCAACUGAACUUCGUGCUGAGGAAAUUGAGAAUCGAGUGGGUAGUGUUAGCCUUGAAGGUCUAAAUUUGGCCAGAAUGCAUCCAGUGAGAUCUAUUACAGGUUCUGUCACUGCUUCAUCAUUAGCCAGCUCCUCCCCUCCAAUCAGUGGACAUUCAACACCCAAAUUCAGAGCUCGUAGCCCUGCUCGAGACAUUGAUCGUAUGGGUGUCAUGACAUUGCCUAGUGACCUAAGGAAGCAUCGGAGAAAGAUUGCAGCUGUGCAGGAAGAAGGUCGUGAAGAUAAAGCCACAAUAAAAUGUGAAACAUCACCACCAUCAACACCAAGAGCAGUAAGAAUGACACACACCCUGCCUUCCUACCAUGAUGAAGUACGUAGUUUUUCAGCAUCGAUAGAAGCAGAAAUGGGCAACUAUAGCAGUACAAGUAGUCAAGACUCACUUCAUAAAGCACAAAAGAAGAAAGGAAUCAAAUCUUCUAUUGGCCGUUUAUUUGGCAAAAGAGAGAAAGGACGGUUAGCACAUCUUAACAAAGACCAUUUGGCCUCGGUUCAAGGCAUUUUUGACACAGAGAUUGGUAAUCCAGAUUCCCUUGGGCUGGGAAAACUCGGAACUCAAGCUGAAAAAGAUAGAAGAUUGAAGAAAAAGCAUGAUUUGUUAGAGGAAGCUCGGAGAAAAGGUUUGCCAUUUGCACAAUGGGAUGGACCGACAGUUGUCGCAUGGCUUGAGCUGUGGCUUGGAAUGCCUGCAUGGUAUGUUGCUGCUUGCCGCGCAAAUGUAAAGAGUGGUGCCAUCAUGUCUGCCCUGUCUGACACUGAGAUCCAAAGAGAAAUUGGAAUCAGUAAUCCUCUUCAUCGCUUAAAACUCAGACUGGCAAUCCAAGAGAUGGUGUCACUAACAAGCCCAUCAGCCCCUCCAACAUCGAGAACACCCUCAGGAAAUGUCUGGGUGACCCAUGAGGAAAUGGAAAACUUGACAUCUGCUACAAGAAUGGAGUCUGAAGAAGGAAGUUGGGCUCAGACAUUGGCUUAUGGUGACAUGAAUCAUGAAUGGAUUGGUAAUGAAUGGCUUCCUAGCCUAGGAUUACCACAGUAUCGUAGCUACUUCAUGGAGUGCCUGGUAGAUGCUAGAAUGCUGGAUCAUUUGACAAAGAAGGAUCUUCGUAUUCAUUUAAAAAUGGUUGAUAGCUUUCAUCGGACAAGUCUACAGUAUGGUAUUAUGUGCUUGAAACGUUUGAACUAUGAUCGAAAAGAAUUGGAGAAGAGAAGAGAAUUAAGCCAACAUGAGAUUAAAGAUGCAAUUGUGUGGAGCAAUGACCGUGUCAUCAGGUGGAUACUGUCCAUUGGCCUUCGAGACUAUGCAAACAACCUCAUGGAAAGUGGUGUUCAUGGAGCACUCUUAGCCUUGGAUGAAAACUUUGAUUAUAGCAGUUUGGCUUUGAUCCUUCAAAUUCCCACUCAAAACACACAGGCAAGACAGGUACUUGAAAGAGAGUAUAAUAACCUUCUUGCACUUGGAACAGAGCGGGCUCUUGAUGAUGAUGAUGAGAAAAAUUUUCAGCGAAGGCCGUCCUGGAGAAAACAGUUCCCUCCCCGUGAAGUUCAUGGAAUCAGCAUGAUGCCUGGAUCUUCUGAAACACUUCCUGCAGGUUUCAGAUUAACAACCACAUCUACAAAAAGAUCAUCUGAUGGUUUGUAUUAUUAA